GAGAUGGCGGAGGGCAGCGAUGAGGCAGCUCCCGUACCUCCACGAACUUACGGCAAAAAACCACAUGUUUUCCAGUUUAAGGAACGUGGAAAAAGGUAUAUGAUAGGUACUGAGGUGGGGUGGUAUCUGGACAUGAUGGCUGGCGGAGUCUACAAAAGGUAUCCUCUUCUUAGGAGAAAGAAACCAACAAGAGAACAACGUUGUUUAAUAGCCAAGACAGCACAUCGACGUCUCUACAAACAUGGACUUCCCAGCAGCAUUACUCUUCUAAAGGUCUCAGAGAUAGAGGAGAUCCUCGCUGGCAGAGAUGCAAAGUACCGCUCAUCCGCUUAUACAAAGACUGUGAAGGCUCCCGAAGCAAAACACUCCACUGUGGCCUGUCCGUUAACUGUGCACAAAGAACUCCAACUUACGCCUAGCCCAAGCUCCGAGGUUGAUGAAUAUUUGUUCUUAACACCCGACUGGUUGAAGUACAUGGACACUAUUGAGCAGGCUCCAUUAUGAAAGUGAUUAAAUCAGUGGCACCGCAAAUAGCCUUAUCAGUUAGUGCAAGGUCAUGCUUCAAUUAUUAGGCAACGCAAAUCUGCGGAACAAUGGUUGAUACAUACUGAAUCAUGGCAAGUAUAAGGAACCAAUCCUGAGGUGAGGUUCCCCUGGAGACUGCACAACAGCAAUACCUGAAGGAAGUAGUCCCAGCCUAUUUCUAUACCUUCCGGGUAGUAGUUCAAAAGCAGGACAGUUCUUUUCAGAACUGAGAAG